AUGGCGCAAACUACAUCAUUUAAGGCAGAAGUGAGAGGAGAAAUUAAGGAAAACAAGGAGGAAAUUAAGAUAUUUAAAGAAGAAAUUAAGGCGGAAAUUAAGGAAAGCAAGGAAGAGAUUAAGAAAUUUAA